AAUCCACAUCUUCAAGAGGCUAAGUAAGGUACAGAGUAUCAAGAUGGCCUGGAAAAUGUUCAGAAUUAACGCCAGAAAGUCAAAGUGUUCACCUAGGGGUCAACUGGGAGAAACAAAGGAGAACUGAACAUGCAGUUAAGGAACAGCCUCGUUUUUUCUAGAUGACCCUCCAGGAGUCUCAAAGACGCUCUCCCUUAGCAACAGCCCUGAAGUUCCAGAAACUGUCCUCAGCCCCGAUGGUCAGCUCCUGCUUCUGCCUGAGAAUCGGACUUCCUGCUGAGCCUUCACACCAGGAAAAUGCGUGUGGCCCUGGUGGCAGCACAUGUGACACUGCUCCUAAGCCUGGGGUGGACCUCAGACUGUCUCUGCUCACCCACCAUCCUUUACAGGUGCUGCAUCCGUCGCUUCCCAGGUCUUCCGACUGACCUGGAGGAGUCUCAGAAGCUGGGAGCCCAGUUCCUGAAGUAUUACGCUGAAAGCACUGGCCGGAAAUGCAGCAGGAGCUGCUCUCUUCGGAAGGAUGCUGCCUGUAACCUGGCUGUCUUCUACCAUAACCCUGUUCAUGAAACUGUUAACUGCCUCCACAUUCACUGCCCAACACUGGAGAGCUAUGUAUUAGAGCCUGGAACCGGUGCCAUUUUAUACAACAUAAUAAAUGGUAUAGGUCCAGAUUUGCUGGUUCUUGGACAAUCACCUCCCACAUAUUUAAAUACCCGUUCACCUAACACACGGGACAGACUAAGAAUUCUAAAAGCUACAAAUUUAGAUAAACAACAAACCACCAUGAUAAACCAAGUGCUACCAACAGGAGAGGCUCCAUCAUCAACCACGCAAGAAGACUGGCUGGUAAACACAAACAAUACCAAGUAUUCCAAGGAAUUAACCGCAGAGUCCAAGGAAUUCACCACAGAUUCUUGGGCAAGAUUCAUUUCCCUGAAUGAGUCCAUUGCCACAAAGGUUGAUAAGAUGUCACUCAGUAAUGAUUUUACCAACAAUCGCCCUUUCUUUGUGCCCAUAGACACAAAACUUUUUCAUAUGCCUAUUCCAUCCCAGCUCAACAGAAGCAAACAAUUACUGAACAAAACUAAGGGGUACAACAGUAGAAACCACACAUCUGAGAAUGAAGAUGUGACACCUGACGGGGCAUUUGUGACUUCAAACACCUGGCUGGUUCUCGUGGCCGUUUGUACCUCUGUCAUCUUUCUUUGCUGCUGAGUCAUCCUGCUAUAUGCAUGCUGUUGAAAGCAGCAGGGCCAGUAUAAAUCAGGAGAGUCAGGAUUCAGGCAAAUCAAAAAAUGUAACACUCUGAAGGAGAACUCUUUGAUAGUAAAAGUUGUAGAGAGAUUAACCUGUCGUUUGGGGGGGUGGGGGGGUGGGGAAACGACAACCGACCGGCAGGAUCCGGACGCCCGCGCCUGUCUGCGUCGCACUCAAACCCUCGCGCCGUCGGGUCACCACGAUCUGAUCACCACGCUCCCCCUCCUCACGGAGCCUCGAAGCCCACCCGCCAGCCCCGACACGGGCCGCUCAGGCGCUCCCAGAGGAGCCCGUGUGGCGAACGGUGUGCAGCGCGUCGUCCCCUCCGCACCCGGCCAAGGCUGCCCGGCGGGGAACCCUCACAGGGCGGGCUCCGCACCCCCUGCGCCCCGCCCAGCGCGGCCCCCGCCCGCCGCCCGCCUCGUUCCGGCCUCCAGGGCCGCCUGGGCUCGCCGCCGCAGGCCCCGCAGCCCGGCCGGGAGUCCCGGGGCCGCUCCGCCGCGCUCCAGGCCCCUCCGCCGCCGCCUGCGUACGGGCCUCACCUCAGGGGCGAAUCGCGAACAGCGCGCGGGCUCCAGAUCCGAGUGCGGCCGUCGGCCCCGGCUGCGGCUCCACCCUCUGCCCGCCGCGCGCACCCUACCCGCAACCUCCGCCCGCCCAGCCCCUCCGCCCCCUCAGCGCUGCCCCAGCUUCCCGAGCUGGGUGCGGCUGCAGGCGCUGCAGCGCAACAACAUGCCAUCCCAUAGGUCCCGCCCGCGCGCGCCGCCAAGCAACACGCCCUGCGAUUGGUGGGCCGCGAGCGCGAGGGGGUGA